UCUAUUUUUACCCCAGCCGCGUACUUCUACUGGCCUACAUCACAGCCUCAGACUAGCCGACACGAUUACACCCACAAGCAUAGGUAGGUGGAGAGUAUAUUUCAUACUUUCUUUGGAGUCAUUAUUUUGAGUUUCUGUUUAAAGCCAACCAAAGAGUGUCAACUGUCUAGAAUAGCCGUGACUACAGCUGUGACUAACACAACACAAAAAUGAAUCUCUUUCUGCUGGCCCUGGCGGCCGUCGUUGUGGUGGCCACUGCUGACAAAUGCAAAGAGAAAUGUGCUCGCUGUCCAGUGCUUGAAAGGUCAGAAUGUCUAGCUGGCACAGAAAAAGACCACGAGUGCGGCUGCUGUGAAGUUUGCGCGAGAUAUGAAGGCCAGAAGUGUGAUAUGAAAAACUCUCCACACCAACAUGGUCAUUGUGGCGAUGGUCUUGAAUGUAGGGCAACACCAGGGGGAAACCUGUGCCAGUGUAUAUGGGAGGAGAUUAUCUGUGGCAGUGACGGCGUGACCUAUACAAACCUGUGCCAUUUAAUAGCCGCUGCAGUAAGAGAAAACAAGCAAAGUUCAUUGGAAGUUAAAUCAGUUGGACCCUGUGACCCAGGGGCUAAGAUUGUCUCCAAGCCAGAAUAUAUCCGCAAUGCUACCAGCGACAAUGUUGUCCUGUCAUGCGAAGCUAUUGGAUUCCCAACUCCUACCAUCCGAUGGAUUGUAACCAGAGCUAAUGGAAAAACCUACGAUGUUCCAGGAGAUGAUAACCACAUUGUGAUUGCUACCAGAGGUGGACCUGGAAAGUACCAAGUGACAGGCUGGAUGCAGAUUGAGAUGUUACUUAAACGCCACGAAGGGGAUUACACGUGUAUUGCCACAAAUGAACACAAUGAAGAUAGAGCGAAGGCUAGGAUUAAAGUUGUCAAUUAGAGUAUGAAACAAAUAUUCCUGAUUUCGACAAGAAUCACUUUGUAGAUUAUUUCAAACAUUUUAGAAAUCAUUUUUUUUAUUUCAACUGGUGCUAAUGUUAGUUAUUUAUAUUCUGAAAUUGAUCAUUUGUAAUAUUGCUCUAUUUUGAUAACGAUUUGUUUUUUACAUGUCUUUAUUUGACAUUACACUCUAUCAUUCACCAACGUAUGUGUAUGAUCAUAAGAACAUAUCUUACUUUACUACAGCCUGAACUGAGUUUUAACAAGAAACAUUGUACUAAGGAAAUAAGUCUCCGAUUAACUGAUGUAAUAAUUAUCUGGAAUGAUCCACAUUCUGCUGGAAAGUUAUUCUCUCAAAGCAGCUUCAUACUUGAGCACUGGGUAACGAUCAGAUGAAUAAAGUAGUUAUUGUUUAACAUCAUUUUUAAUCCAAAACAUUUUGAUUGAUAUUAAGAUAUAAACUUUAUGAUUUAUUUCACAAGAUCAAGUUGUCUAGAAAAACUAAUUAAAUGAAAAUCAUUUAAUCUGAUUUGAAUUAACUCUUGUACAUUGAAAAGCUUAUAUCUAAAUGUCGAGUAGGUAGAUGGAAUACACUUUGUGUAAUAUCCCUGUUGUUUAUUCUGUACAUACAUUUUGUACUUCGCCUUCAAACCUGGCAGGUGAAAACAACGAAAUUAUGUCUUCCAAUGAAAUAUAUAUGUUAGGAUUAUGAAGCAUUCAUUUCCUCACGCAAAUUGGUUUGUAUCACUUUAUUGUAUUUUCAUGUCUGAACAUUUUGGGAAAACUGUCUUGAAAUAUCUAAUCACAAUAAAUGGCUUUUUACAAAGUUCGUUCAAUA